AACGUCGUGCACCGUACGAAGAACUACAGUUCCCGGCCUGUCUCGCGCCUGGUGACGUCACUCCGCGGCGUCUCGGCGGCUGCGGACGUCGUUGACUACAGCUCCCGGCGUGCCCCGCGGCCCCCGGCAUCCCCGCGCGCUGCACGUGUGUCCUUGCCCCCUGGUCAGUCCGGGCGCGGGCCGGGCUCGGUGGUGCGCCUCGCUCCCGCCCGCCCGCCCGCCGCCGCCGCCGCGCCAUGUUGCGCUCGGCCGUGGUGAAGCGGUCCGUGAAGCGGGUGGUUCCCAGCAACCGCAUGAGAAUGAUCCUGGGCGCGGGGCAGGCGCAGCCCGGCCCCCCGCUGGGCCCCGUCCUGGGCCAGCACGGGAUCCCCAUUGGCGCCUUCUGCAAGGACUUCAACGACCGAACCAAGGACAUCAAGACCGGCGUCCCCCUGCCUGUGCGCAUCCACAUCAAGCCGGACCGCACCUAUGACCUGAACAUCCACCCCCCCACGACCUCCUACUUCCUGCUUGCGGCCGCUGGCAUCGAGAAGGGCGCGUCACAGCCCGGGCACGAGGAGGCAGGGGUGGUGUCGCUGUCGCAGCUCUAUGAGAUUGCGCAGGUGAAGAUUGAGGACCCCGGGUUCAAGCUGCGUGGGAAGGGCCUGGAGGACGUGGUGCGCUCGCUGCUGGGCUCAGCCCGCUCCCUCGGCCUGCGCGUCGUGCCCCGGCUCACCGUGGAGGAGUGCACCACCUUCCGCCAGCGCCGGGCAGACGAGCUGGCAGCCCAGGCUGCGGCCCUGAAGGAGGCUGAGGCUGCCAAGUGACUGCUCGGACCCCUGGGUUCUCCACCAGGUUGCGGGGCCUGGGAACUGGGGGACCUGGGGUCUCCCCUGGCUCCGGAGGUGCCAGUGCAAGCCCUGUCCCCCUUGGCCUGGCUGGUCAAUGGUGAAGCUGAUAAAAUAAACGCUUGAGACCUU